CCUGCGAAACGCGAGUCACAGGCGCUGAGGAUUACUAUACUAUUGCUGUCGGGAGUGUUGGCGCUGUUCGGCAGUAUAGCCACUCAUAUGGGCGGCGCCGGACCCCUGGCCUGUCUGGUCGUGUCGUUCGUGGCGGCGCUUAAGUGGCGCCAAAACGACGAGCAGAUGAACGACGAGAUCCAGAGCCGACUGAAGACACUUUGGCUCAUAUUUCAGCCCUUUUUGUUCGCAUUGAUCGGCACUGAAGUGAAAGUGGCGGACAUGAGGGCCGACGCCAUCGGUUGGGCGCUAAUCACGUUAGCCGUGGGUCUGACUCUUAGGACAGUUAGCUCUAUAUGUGUCGUAUUCGGCGCUAAACUAACUCUAAAGGAAAAGCUAUUUAUAGGACUCUCGUGGUUACCGAAAGCUACUGUUCAGGCGGCUAUCGGUCCCAUCGCUCUGGAUAUGGCUCGUGAUAAGGCUGACCCCCGACUCAUAGAAAUGGCGAAUUUGGUGCUCACUAUAGCCGUACUGUCCAUAUUGAUCACAGCACCUGUAGGUGCGAUCGCUAUCGCUAUUAUGGGACCCAAAUUCAACGAUCGGGUGGUGUGGCUGUCAGAUACCGGUCCCGAGUUUGGUUGUGUUAAAUGGUUGGGCAAACUGCCAGACGUGGGACCCGAUUGGAUGGCUGGCGUGGACUUUGUGAACCCGAUAGGCGAGGGAACCGGUCUUCACAACGAGCACCGGCUGUUUUACGCUCCUUUAAAUCACGCAUCACUGGUACCGGUGUUGGGACUCAUGAAAGCCGACGACUACUUGUGUCCAAACAAUCCCUUUAAUGGCGAUCUCUUCACCGAUAGUGACGCUCAUGUCGUCACUCACUUGAGACGGUAUAAGAAGAAUAAGACAUGA